CCCACAACAAGCACAGUAGCUGCCGGGGCACCGCUCCCGCCGAAUCCACGUACGCCAGUCAGCCUUGACCGUCUCGCUCGCCGUACACAUGAGGUCGCCAACGCCGCGGAUGCUGGUGCUGGGGGUGUGGGCGGCGUUGUGCGCGUGCGCACUGGCCGCGCCGUGCCCGCUGCCGGACGGCUCGGAGGCGUCGCUGGUGGCUCUGCUGCGGCUGCGGCACGGCGCCAACUGCUCGCGCGUCUCGCUGCAGGGCCUGCAGCAGCACGCCGCGCUGCUCGCCGCCGCCGACGCCGCCAACGCCGAGGCGCCCGCCGGCACGCUCAAGAUCGGUGUACAGGUGUUUGACACAUGCUCGGAGCCUGAUGACGCUGUGAAGGCGACGUUGCGAGCUCUGGUGGCCAACGAGGGAACCUGUCUGCAACCGCCGCUGUUCCUCGGCUUCGUGGGCCCGAUGGACGCGGCCGGGCUGGCGGCGGUGCAGCGGGUGACGCGCGUCUUCGAGCUGCCGCACGUGGUGGCCUUCGGCGACGACGCCUCCACGGCGCUGCCCGUCACCUCCCACAAGCCACAGCUGCGCACGCAGGCGCUGCUGUCGCUGGUGCAGCGGCUGGGCGCCCGCCAGCUGGUGGCGGUGCGGGCGGCGGACGCGACAGCUGCGCGCCAGGCUGAGGACCUGCUGGCCGCCGCCAAGGCUGCCAACAUCUGCGUCCUGCGGCCGCCGCUCGACACCACAGGACUCUCCGCGCUACACGACGUAAGCAACGGCACGCUGGUGGUGGUGCUGUCCGGGGAGUCCGCCGAGCUGCCGCUGGGGGUGGUGGGGGCGGUGCCCUCGCGGCUGCCACUGCUGGUGGUGGGCGGCGCCGCCGGCGUGCUGCCGGCCACGGCCGAGGAGGCUGCGGACGCCGGGGGUCUGCGCGGGGGCGGCGCCGCCCCGCUGCUCGUGCUGCACGACGUCGCCGAGCCUGGCGUGCUCAAGGAGGACACGUGGGCGGCGCGCCUCAGGGAGCUGCCGCUCUGGCACGACUACCUGCGACAGAUGGGCGCCGACGGCGAGCAGGCGGCCGCCGGGGACCGCGUCGUGCAGCUGAGCGAGACGGGCGACGCGUCGCUGGUGCCGGUGACGUACGCGGUGUCGCUGUACGCGGCGGCGGCGCGCGCGGCGCAGGCGGCGAGGUGCCGGGGUUCGGGCCCCGGGCCGUGCGCGGCGCUGCUGCAGCUGGCCAGGCCCGAGUGGCGCGCCACGCUCGCCGCCGUCACCGCCUUCGCGCGCCAAACCGCCGCCCCCGCGCGCCGCCUCCGCUUCCACAUGGACCUGCCCGCCGCCGCCGAACUCCUACUCUGGGACGCCGCUCAGAGCGCUCUCCGCAAGGUGGGCCAACUUAGCGGCAAGCAGCUGUCUGUGAGCGACGAGGCGGCGAUGGCGGUGCCACAUCUGGAAGUGGAGCCGGACCCGUCGCUGUGCUACGGCGCGGCGCCCGCCCCCGCGUCCGCCCCCGCUGGCGGCGCCCCCGCAGCCGCCCCGGCCGCCCCCGCCGCUCCUGCCGCGCCCGCCGCAGCUCCCGCCCCCUCGGCCACGCCGGCGCCGACGACGCAGCGACCAGCCGCGCCCGUGGGCGGUCCGGAGGACCCGCUGGCGGCGUUGCUGGGUGACGACUACACGUACGACCAGAUGGUGGGGCUGCUGGCCGGCGUCGGCGUCGGCAUGCUGGCCUUCUUCGCGCUCUGCGUCUACGUCGUGUACUCCAGCUUCCGCGUCAGCAGCGGCAAGAGCGACAAGCAGUCCAACAGCUCCGACUCGCCGCGCCACGGCUCCUCCAGGCGCUGCCGCCGCCGCAGCUCCUUCACGCCGCGGUCCUCCGCGCGACGGGGCUCCGACUAGCUCCCUGCACUCACCCACCCACACACAUACUCUCACAUCCCACAGUUUCCAUCUAUUUUCUCCCCUCUUUAACUCGCUAGAUUGCUUUCUCACUCUGUUGUAUUUACCAGAUGCACUUGAUGUCGAACAUACGUGGGUUGGAUAAAAUGAAGUGGCAACACUAUUACAAUUAAUACCAGACUGUACUGACAGACAUUACAUAGCCUCAACAUAACCCCCCCCCCCCCCCAACAUCUCGAUCACCUUCCCCCACACACAUGGAAUGUGUCAUAUACUGCCAGCGCCUCCAUCUCUGUGGAUUCUCGCAAGGACCGCCCAAUAGUAGAGAUGAUGUCUUCUCUUGUGUUGUAGCACGUGCCAUGAGGAGGUUCCUUUAUUUUGGCGAACAGGUCGUAAGCGCAUGGACUAAUAUUGGGUGAACCCCACAUAUGCAGGAGCUCGUGCACUGGGUUCACCACGUGGAUUCAUACAUUGUAAUGAAGAAUGAUGGGAUGCAGUGGCAGUAGGUGUUGUCGCUUUCUUCUCAUUGCGCGACGAAGGUGGUGUCGCAAGAAUUUUCUGUAGUAGGGUGCACUGGCACCCAUGGAUGUCGUAAGCCGCAAUAUCCAUCAAUUUGGUACCAGCUGGUUCAUGGUGCACAUUCUGUGGGCAAGGAGAACCACGUCGUUUCCAUUCAUUGGGCCGGUCUUGAAUGACAGCCCUGCCAUCCCGAAACACUUCCACCCGUCCCGCCACCGUACGAUGUGGCAAUGCUGCAUCAUCAAACGCCUCACGCAGAGCCUGAAAACAUUGUCGUGCAGUCAAGCAACGUGCCACUGCAGUCUUGAUUGACGCACGUUUUUCAAGUUUCCUAAACUCACUUUUAGGGUGCUUGAACUGGCCUCCUUACGUUUGCGGCUGUGUUAGAGUCAGUUUCAGUGUGUACUGUCUGAAAGUCAGACAGUACACAUUGAAACUGACUCAAACAGAGCUGCCGCCGCUCACUGCUCUGCUUGAACUGACCUUCUGCUAUCAGCUGCAUAUAGCGCGCUUGCCAUUGGACGCACAUCCUUCAUGUUACGACAGCGUUGGCAAUACUUUUCAUCCAACCCUAGUGAUAAAGUGGCAGGAAGAGAACUCCUCAACCCGUCGAGUCGUUACUGUUACAAAGUGGUUUGCUUGUACACAGCAACCACACAGCCUCGUCAUAGGGCCAAAGAGGAUUAGGCGACAUCUAUGGCAGAAUCAUGGCAACACAGAUUAGCAACAAUUUACAAUAAUUUAUUAGGAAACUUUAUAAUAAUUAACUGUAGCUGAAAAUAAUGUGCAGCAGUAGUUUAAUGUUUACGUACAGUAACCCAUCUUUAACUCUUGUCUAGUCCGAAAUCAAGUGAACAAUAACUACGAUGACUUGUACAAUGAGCACUUGGACCCUUCUUAGCAGCAACUGUUUGAGUCCUGAAGCUUGCUGAUAAAUGGCCACCAUGCUGUAUUGAAGUACUGUUGAUAACAACUGUUGAGUGAAGCCAUUUGUCUGCUAAUAUUAUGCUAUCUGGAUGAAUUUCCACUUUCGAGCUCUUUUUGUGACUUCAGGUGGGAGCAUAAAAUAGGGCUGGCCUAGAGCGCCCUCUCUGGACGCUAGCGUUAAAUCAGUUGCACCUGAGUUUUAGGCAACUUGCCACUCUUCUAAGUACGGCUGUGUUCUGUAUCUUCCGGAGAACGAAACACAGGGGUUUGGUAAUAUGCUAGCACCUUGUUGUUUCGAGUCUUACAAUGGACAGUGUGUGAUCUGGGUCUUGCACCCAGUUGCAAUUGCAGAAAAACGUCCACCUCAAUUCAGGGACGGCCAAAUUGUUCAUGUGGGUCCUCUCGCGUGGCAUUCCCACUUUCAUCGUGUUGAAUGCCCUAGGUCACUGACAGAAGUAAGGUUCUUAUUUUGCGAAGAGGUCUGAACUUCGAGCUUUCUCUUGCAGUGUCCCAGUGGGGGCCCUUCAGUACCAGAGAUAUCUGCAGGAAGCUUCCAGCGCGCGGCGCUCCACGUACCUUUACCAAUGUGAUACUAAUGUCGUGACUGGCACUACAGUUUGAUUACAAUUAAAUCUGACACUAAACAUCCUUUACUCACUUAGACAACAUUCCAGCUAAGAUGAAUUUCAGUUGAGUCCAGCUCUAAUGGAACGUUAAUAUUCCUUAUUUUACUAAAAUGGAGACCAUUUCGGACACCUAACUGAGACAGGAACAUUAAGUUUCAUUUCAGAUCUGGACACCGUAACACUUAAGCUCCCUAUCUCCUUCUGCAAUCUUGAAGUUUCUCUGCAUAGCUCGUGGAGAGUAACUAUAUGAUUCUGCAUCAAUCCUGCACAGCAGCUAGAUGGUUAUUUUCACUUCUCAUAGAAUCUUAGCUCAUAUUUCGUUUCUGAUCAGUAUGCUGUAGAUUGUAAGUUACAGGUCAACACAAUUUGGCAUUGCUCCACAGCACCCUUUCAAUUUGUCCUCAUCUCCAUAACUGCAUGGAAUAUAAUGUGUGGCCACUUUCCUGGCCCCGCCAUACACAGUUUAGGCUUGUUCUCUAAUGUCCUUUGGAUCUAAUUGCUUUCAAUAGACACUUUACGAAUACUUUCUCUUCAUCUGCCUGAAGAUCUUUAUUUUGCUAUCAGCUUUCCUUGUUCGUAUACCGCUUAUUUCGGAUUUUAUUUCAACCAGCUAUUAUUUUUUCCCAUUUUUAUCUGAUUUUUUAGGAUAAAGUUUACCUUUUAAUAUAAUGCAGAUAAAGCAGUCCUUGUGCAAGAUAGACAGCAGCAAUAUUUCUCCUAUGACCAGAUCCUUGCAUGAAGUCACAAAGCAUGUUUACUGUAGUAAAUACAUACUUUUGAAUUACAAACCUACUGUAGCUAUGCCAACAAGAAGGAAUAAUCAUCAAUGUAUUUCAAAUUGUUCUUUCAGCGAAAAGUAUAGUUCAUUUGUUUUUAGCUACAAUCGAAGUUAUUGAAUGUUUCAUUUGUUCAAAAGCACAUCAUUGCUGUGUUAAUAGUAUCGUGGUUUUAUGCCACUUGCACGUUUAGGUGUCAUUCCUGUCAGAGUAAGUACCACUUAUUAGUGAGCCCUCGAAUCUCUAUAUUUUGAUUUACUUUAAUGAUAACCGUUUGCAGUCAAAUUUGUCGUCUCCAGUUCUUAUGUUUUAGUGUUCCGCUCACAAAAGCAUAUUUGUUUCUCCAAGUUUUCUUCAUUUUGCGUACUGCAUGUACCACAUCGUCCUUGCCUUUCAUGAAUGACUAUACUAGCUCUGUACUUUGAAACUUCCAGAAUAUGGCUUACCCGAAAAUUGCUUUCGUUGUUCUGCAGUGUUCAAAACUGAAACUUUCGACUGAGGUAGCAACAAGUUCCCGUAUUAGUAACAUUAGAAGAUCAAUAUUCUAUGUCAUAAUUUUUCGUUAAUACCUACUUUUUCUUCAUGUGUCCAAAACGCAUUUGCAAUGAUUCUUUAAGCGCUAGUUAAUCCGUGACCAAAGUUAGAUCUAGUUGUCAACUGAGAAAAUUUUUUAGUUGGUAAAAGAAAUAAAUGUGUUAUGAACUUAAAAAAAACAUAUGAUGUAAUGUACAUUAUAGUUCAUGAAAAUACCACCAGUAUGUGUAACAACGUAUGUUCAGUGGCACUGUCGCCAUUGUUACUAUUAAUGACCGUUGUAGUUAUUUACUUUUGUGCAGAUGACUUCUGCAAUCUUCUUUCUUUUAUAGAGAAUAGCACUUGAAAAGUUACAAUGUACAAACUAUUGUUGUAGUAAUUAUGCAGUAAAGUUACUAACCACGAAA